AUGGCGGAGGGGAGCAGCGAGCUGAUGAGCAGGCUCAUGAGUGAGAACGCAGACCUGAAGAAGCAGGUGCGCCUUCUGAAGGAGAACCAGAUGCUAAAGAGACUGCUCAGCGAGAGUUGCCAGGAGAGCUGUGCUCGAGGGAGCCGGGACCUGCUCUAUCCCAAGGUCCCUACCUACCCUGAGGCCUGCUCCCCCGGGAAUGGAGGUCCAGAUUUUGGAAGGUUUGCCGGUGUCCCUGACACACCCUCCCAGUUACAGACGUCCUCCCUGGAGGACCUACUAUGCUCACACGCCCCACUCUCCAGUGAGGACGAUGCCUCCCCAGGCUGUGCAACCACCUCUCAGAUGCCUUUCAAGUCCUUCCUCAGCCCUCCAGAACUACACGCACGAAUUGCCGACAGGAAGAUGUCCCCACUCCUGAGUCCCUUGCAGGACUCCCUGGCUGACAAAACCCUGCUCGAGCCCAGGGAAAUCUCGCGACCUAAGAAGGUGUGCUUCUCGGAGAGUAACCUGCCCACUGGGGAUAGGAGCAGGAGGACCUAUUACCUCAAUGAGAUCCAGAGUUUUGCGGGUGCUGAGAAAGAUGGUCGCAUCGUUGGGGAGAUCGCGUUCCAGCUUGAUCGACGCAUCCUGGCCUACGUGUUCCCAGGGGUGACUCGCCUCUACGGUUUCACAGUGUCCAACAUCCCUGAGAAGAUCAAGCAGACAUCUAUCAAGUCCCUAGACGGCUCUGUGGAUGAAAAGAAACUUCGGGAGCUGACGCAUCGCUAUCUGACCCUAACGGCAAGGCUGGAGAAGCUGGGCUACAGCCGCGAAGUGCACCCGGUGUUUAGUGAGUUUCUCAUCAAUACCUACGGCAUCCUGAAGCAGCGUCCAGACUUGCGGGCCAACCCGCUGCACAGCAGCCCGGCUGCCCUGCGCAAGCUAGUCAUUGACAUUGUGCCGCCCAAGUUCCUGGGUGACUCCUUGCUACUGCUGAAUUGCCUGUGUGAGCUCUCCAAGGAGGACAGUAAACCACUCUUUGCCUGGUGA